ACUAUCAUAUGUUUGUUUGCUAGACAGGAACGCUUCGCGGCUUUUUGACAACGUGAAUUUCAAUUUCGCAAUUAAAUUGCGUUCUAGUUUAAAAAGUAUAUAGAGCACGAAAAGUGCGUGAACAUGGAGCAGACAAUCGCUCAUGUUUUAGCAAGGGGAGAGCAACGGACCAGCGAUGUGGCCACCGGCUCUACGACCUUCGAGCAACUCCAGCUGAACCCAAGCAUUUUGAAGGUAUUAAGGGAACACAAGUUUCUGACGCCAACCAAAAUUCAAGCUGCCGCUAUUCCAAUGACGCUUGCGGGCAUGGAUCUGCUCGUGCAGUCGAAAAGCGGCACGGGUAAAACACUAAUCUAUUUGUUGGCCGCGCUGCAAACGCUGAACAAGUCGCUGGCCAAGCCGCAAGUAUUAAUCAUAGUGCCAACUCGUGAACUAGCUAUUCAGGUGGAGGACACAUCCAACGGACUGUCCUUCCACAUGCGCUCCAAUGCAUCCUAUGCCGCAGUCAGCUACAUAGGAGGCACAGAUGUUAAGAAGGAUCGCAUGCGUAUGUCCAAGGCGCGCAUUGUGGUUGGAACACCUGGCCGACUGUUACAUCUGCUGCACAACAAAGUUUUUGAUACUUCAUCCAUUAAGCUGAUUGUCUUGGACGAAGCAGAUCAACUGUAUGCCACUGAAACACUGCAAAAAGAUGUUCAGGCAGUUUUGGAGGCGAUGCCCAAGUUAUGCCAGCUUAUUGCCUGCAGCGCAACGUACCCCAAUCAGUUGGACGAGCGUCUGUCCAAGGUGAUGCACAACCCGAUACUGAUCUCGAACAGUGAGCGUGCCACAGUUCUGCUUGGCAUACGACAGUUUGUCUACGAACUGCCCGAACAGCUCAACAGCCUGCAGGAGAUGAUGGCUAAGCUUGGGGUAUUGCGCCAGAUCUUUGAUCAAUUGCCCUACGAGCAGGGCAUUCUGUUUGCCAGCUCUCAGAGUCGCGCUGACUCAUAUCGCAACUAUCUGCAACGCAACGGUGUGGCAUGCGACCUAAUGUCGGGAGCCAUGCAGCAGAGCAAACGCCUCGAGACAUUUCAGGCCUAUCGCAAUUUCAAAACGCGUACCAUGGUUGCCACAGAUUUGAUGGCACGAGGUGUGGACUCUUCACAUGCCAAUUUGGUUAUUAACUUGGAUCCGCCCAAAGACUUGGUCACCUAUUUGCAUCGCAUUGGACGCGCUGGUCGUUUUGGAUCAAAAGGCAUUGCAAUUACUUUUAUAUCAUCGCCGCAACAGUGCCAACAUUUCAAGCGAAUUGUCACAGAAGCAGGCACUGGGAUGUCAGUACUCCAGUUUCCCACAGAACAGCGUGCUGACUUCAAUUUCUGGGAUUUCGAUUCGUAUGAUUUCCCAUAUUUCCAAAAAUUAGAGGCCCACGAACAAGCCGAGGAUGAGCUAAAGCGCAUUAAGCAGCGCUGGAAGACUUCGCCGGUCCAAAGCGAUCCGGAAGCUGAUUUGCAGGUUAAAAACGAUUCGGUCCUCAAACCUGUUGUGGAUAUUCGUUAUUUGCAAAAGACUAUCCAGAAUAUAGUGCAAACGAAUGAGAAAAACUCAGAAUCCAAAGCUAGUAAUGUUGUUAAUGAAUCACAAGGAGCAGAGACUGCGGAGAACGAAGCACAAAAAAAUGAUGAAAUAUCCUUAACUAAAGUUAUAAUUGAGGAACCACAGAAAACAACAGCGGCAAUGGAUGCCUCAACAUAUAAUCAAAAUAUGCAACCUACUAAUGAGAAGAAAAUGGAAAAGAAUCAGAUAUUAUCACCAACAGAAGUUAUUAUUUUUCCUGAGGAAAUUGAGGAUAUAACCUCGGCUUUAGAUGGCAUAACAUAUGGAAAGAAUAAAGCGCACGAGAAUGAGGGACUAUCACCACCUAAAGAUAUUCCAAGUGUUGAGGAAUUGCAGACAGCAGUUGAGAUCAAACAGAAAGAGAAUGAUGAGAUAUCCCCAAUUAAAGGUGAUCAAAUUGUAAAGAAACCACAAACUGCAGUGCAUAUUGAUACCAUAAUAUGUGUUGAGAAUAUGCCGGAAAAAAAUGAGCAAAUAUCACCAACUGAAGAUGUGAAAAUAGUUGAAUCACAAGCAGCAGCGCCUAUCGACAAUAAACCGGAAACGCAUGAGCAGCAAAUACCCAAUGAAGACUCCAAAAAUUUGAUUACAAUCGAAAGUGGUGAAAAGCAACAUAAAUCUUCUGUAGAAUCGACACUUUCUGUUGAUUUUCCUGCAGCAGCGCCGAAUUCGACAAACACUAAAACUUACCUGUUGAUGCCUGAUGAACGUAGCUCAACAACAUUAAUUCCAUUGGGCAUAUCGAAUACAGUGGAUGAUGCAAGUAGCAUUAUUUCGGAUAGCAUGGAGAAUGAUUACGAUAGCGAUGCUUCGUAUAUCAGCACCUAUUCAAUGAGCGAUGCUCGCAUCAUCUGGCGUCGAAUGAUCUGCCAGCGAAAGUUUCAAAAACGCUUCAGAAAGAUUAAGCGAUCAUCGCGCUACACUAAUUGGCAUCGCAAGCAAAAAUCAAAGAAAGAAAAUAAACGGAAGCAGUCGAAAAUAAACAGUAAACAAGAAGAGGAGGAUGACGAUGUGUCCACUUUGACAGAAAAUCAGAACAAGCAACCGAAUGUAAAGUUCGCGGAAAAAGGGUUCGAGGUUAAUGUCAAUAAUUGUCGUCAGAUUGUCAAUAGAUUCCAUUGUGCGCGUCUGUUGAGCAAGUUUGAUAAUUGGUCGCGACAACGUUUAAGUUCACUUUUUGAAGGAACUGAUUACAAUCUGCGCAAGUCAGACAAGUGCAUGGAAGAGCUGUACAACGCAAUGAAGCACAUAUAUUAUGUGGAUCGUAGCAAGCCAAAAUUAUCGUAUAAAUCCAUUUUACCCGUACUAAGUGGUCUCAAUAGUCACUCAAGGGUCAAUCCAAGAUCAGAUCCUAUGCCUCGUAUGGAGUCAGGAGUUGAUGACAAAUUGAAGCUGCUUGAUCGACUGUCUGUGCAUGUUAAUCAUCAGAUUAAUAUACUGCCUGUAGUUGUAGCACCUGAUCUUGAGAACGUCGAAGAGAUGGAGUCGGAUAUAUCCGAUUCAGAAGUUGAAACUGAAAGUGAUGAUAGUGUGGAGCCGUAUUCUAGUGGUUUUGUUGAGUCUACCGAGAGCGCAUCAUCUGGAAUUGAUACCUCAGUUUAUGGCAGUGAUUCGUCUACAGAAGUGAAUUCUGAGGACGAGGAAGAAGAUGACAGUGACAAUGAAUAUGACUACGAUGAUGAGGAGAUCGAAGACGAAGAUGAUGAAGAAGGCGAAGACGAAGAUGAUGAGGAAGAGGAAAGCGAAUCUGAUGAUGGUGAAGAGAGUGAGAUUGAAGAUAGCGCUGAGGAACCUGCAGCCACUGAUAAAGAUGAAACAGAUCCCGAACUUGAAAAUGAAGUAGCCACGGAUCAGGAACGCUGGAAGGCUUUAUUUGAAAUGCAGUAUCAAUUUAUUUCCAAUUAUGUGAAUAAUUACAUGGAAACUUACUCGAAUGAAUAACUAUAAUCAUACAUACUUCUUUUAUAUUACAUAAUUAUAGCGCUAUGGAAGCGCAAUUCCUAGUCUAAAAAGUCUGACUGACGCUAGAAACUCAGGCAUUAUAAUUUCUUUUUUGAAACGAAAUGAAAUAAGUUCCCAAAAAGCUGUAUCAGCUGUUACAACAUACGUAGAUAUUUAAAAAAUAUUUUAUUCAUAUACAAUAUGAAAAUGACAUGUACAAAAUAGAAGAAAACAUAUUCUCAGCACAUUUAACGCAUCAAUGAAAUGCAAGAGGUUAUUUCAACAAGUUGAAACUAUUACUAAACUUAAAUCCUAAUUUGUUUGCCAUUUUGAUAUCACAUAAAAUUUAUUCUUCAUAAGAAUUUUUCUAUUGUUAAACUCGAAA